AGCUCAUUUCCUCCAAAAUCAUUUGAAAGUGCCCAAGACAGAAUAGCAAACAGAUUGUGAGCAAUGUGGAGGAGGAGAUUAUCGUCUCUUGCAGCUACAUCCGUCCGCCAUUCCUAUCUAUCAUCCACCAAACCUCCUGCUACAAUCACUAGCAGCCUAAUCACACACCCACCAUCCCUUCCAGCCACGAUCCAACGGCUCUGGUGGAAGGCAGAUGGAAUGAGGGUUUGCAGCAGCAUCAGCAGGGGUAUGAUGACGGGAUCGAGUAGCGUCGCAUUGCUGCGGUUGAAUGAUCUUCGGGACAACAAAGGGGCGAGGCAGAAGAAGAGGAGGAAAGGGAGAGGGAUCGGUUCGGGGAAAGGGAAGACGGCAGGGAGAGGUCACAAGGGUCAGAAGGCGAGAGGGACCUUCAAGUUCGGAUUCGAGGGAGGUCAGACCCCUCUUCGUCGUCGCCUCCCUAAGAGAGGCUUCAAGAACCCCUUCUCCCUCACCUUCCAGCCAGUGGGGCUAGGAAAGAUUGCAAAGCUUAUAAAUGCAGGCAAGAUUGAUUCAUCAGAACUGAUAACUAUGAAAACCCUUAAGGAUACGAGUGCCAUAGGGAAGCAGAUUAAAGAUGGUGUCAGAUUAAUGGGCCGUGGUGCUGAACUUAUCAAGUGGCCAAUUCAUCUCGAGGUAUCUAGAGUAACAGUUAGAGCGAAGGAGGCUGUUGAAGCUGCUGGUGGUUCCGUUAGGAAAGUUUACUACAACAAGUUGGGCUUCCGUGCAUUGCUCAAGCCUGAGUGGUUUGAGAAGAAGGGGCGGCUACUGCCGAAGCCAGCCAGGCCACCACCGAAGCAGCGGGAUAAGGUGGAUAGCAUCGGCCGCCUACCUGCCCCAACUAAACCAAUUCCAUUUUUGCCAGAAGAAAAGGAUGCUCCCGUAAAAGAUCAGUCAGCUGCAUAAACACUCUGUUUUUCGUGUUCAAAGGUCUUCAAAUGAGUUAACCCUGAAACAGACCAUUGUGAUAAGUGGCUGCCACCAGUUUUCUCCAUCUAAAUUCUAUCUAUGUUGGCCCAUGAACACAUUCUGACUGAGAAAUGGUAGUCCAUGUAGAAAAUGAAUUUGAGAUGGAGAAGUUCAUCUCAACUUUGCAGGGGAGUACAUGGUUUUUCAAUUCUAUUACUUGAGGCUCAUGGUUCUGUAAACCAGACUGCUGGUUAGUUGAGUCCCACCAUGGAUAGACAACUCGAAAAGAUAUCAGCCUCCAAUAUUAGGACCAUUUUCAGUUGAA